CCCGCGCGCCGCCUCCAUCCCGCGGGGAGCCGGUCGGCUGCCACAGGUCGCGGAGCCGUGCAGCAUGGAGGAGUUGGCCCGGGAGAGCAUCAGCCUGCUGGCGUCCGCCUCGAGCAAGCCGCCGCGGGACGUGUCCGCGGGGCCGCGCCUGGGCCCCGUGGGGCCGCGCCUGGGGCCCGUGGGGGCCAUCUUCAUCAUGCUCAAGUCCGCGCUGGGCGCCGGGCUCCUCAACUUCCCCUGGGCCUUCGAGCGCGCCGGGAGCAUCCGCAGCGCGGUGGCCGUGGAGCUGGUCUCCCUCGUCUUCCUCAUCAGCGGUCUGAUCAUCCUGGGCUACUCGUCGUCCAUCAGCGGUCAGUGCACCUACCAGGCGGUGGUGAAGGAGGUGUGCGGUCCGGCCAUCGGGCAGCUGUGUGAGAUCUGCUUCGUCUUCAACCUGUUCAUGAUCUCGGUGGCCUUUCUGGUCAUCGUGGACGACCAGCUGGAGAAGCUGUGCGGCUCCAUGUACGAGCUGAUAACUGGUUUGCCCGAGUCGGAUUUGCCGAACCACUUCUACACAGACCAGCGCUUCGCCCUGGUGAUGCUCUGCCUCCUGCUCAUCCUGCCGCUGUCCAUCCCCAAAGAGAUCAGCAUUCAGAAAUACAUCAGCGGUCUGGGGACUCUGGCUGCGACCUACCUGACCGUGUGCAUCAUCAUCAAGUACCACACCAGUCCGUCUGUCGUGGUUCACAUCGCCCCCCUCUACACCAGUGGGAUCAGCUCCUGGGCCUCCAUGUUCAGCGUCAUCCCGACCAUCUGCUUCGGUUUCCAAUGUCACGAGGCGUCGAUCGCCAUCUACAGCAGCAUGGAGAACCAGAGACUCUCCCACUGGGUCGUCAUCUCCGUGGUCUCCAUGAUCUUCUGUCUCGUCGUCUACUCCCUCACAGGGGUUUAUGGGUACCUGACGUUCGGGAAGGACGUGAAGGCCGACAUCUUGAUGUCGUACACCGGCGACGACAUCCUCAUACUCGUCGCCAGGCUGCUGUUCGGAAUCUCCAUCAUCACCAUCUAUCCCAUCAUCCUGCUGCUGGGCAGGUCGGUGAUCCAGGACCCGCUGCUGAGCUGGCGGCGGCGGCGUUACGGCGUGGCCACGCUGACCUUUGAGAGCCGCAGCCGCUACGCGCUGACCGUCCUGUGGAUCGCCGUGACGCUGCUCAUCGCCGUCUUUGUCCCCGACAUCAGCAAAGUCAUCAGCGUCAUCGGAGGCAUCAGCGCCUUUUUCAUCUUCAUCUUCCCCGGGCUGUGUUUGAUAUUCGCCAUGCAGUCUGAGCCGGUGUGCUGGAAGACCAGAGUCGUCCUCACCGUGUGGGGAGUCGUGACCCUGAUCUGCGGAGCCUUCAUCUUCGGCCAGAGCACCACCAUCGCCGUCAUGCAGCUCGUCGGAAGGAUCUGACUCUUCUUCGCCCCCCACCCCCCCCUCGCCGGUUCAGGUGUUGUCAUGGAGACUGUGGUGACCGGGGUCUAAACUUGUUCCCCCAACCCCCUAAAGAGAGCCCACGUUGAAUUAUGGCCACCACCAAGGACUCUUUACAAAUGAACAUGACUCCGGAACAAUCGAGACCUCCCUCAGGACCCCCCCCCCCCACCCCCUCUCUCUCCGUCAGUGUCGCUGUUUGUUACUUUCGCUCGGGUUCUAACCGUUUGCAGUAUCGCCCCGACGACGAGCUCCGUCUGCCCCCCCACCCCCCGAGAUCAUCUGAUUUGAACCCCUCAGGUAUUUCUGCACUUUGUCGCAUCGUAGUUGAUUCUUCUGUUAUAUUUGUACAUAUCACUUUUCAACCUGCCAGGAUUCAGAUGAGGAGCUUUAAACUGGGUGAGCACAGUGUCUUGUGAAACACAAUAUUAGAGUAACAUUUGCAGGACCUGGAGGUUCCCACUGCCAUGAGACUGAAACACUGAGUGUGUGAAUAAGUCAUGUCGUAUGUAUUUCUGCUGCUUUCCGAUGAGACGGUGAUGAUGUGUACAUGUAGCUGAGUAUGAAGUCUUUGUUUGGAAGUGAAUGUUUUUUCUGCCGUUCUUGAGUGGACGUGUGGCAGAGGGAAUUAAAACACCAAAGUUUGUUAUCAUGUUUGAACAGCAGCCGGCGUCGUCAUCACUCGGUUCUGCCAAAGAUUCGAACAUUCAGUAUUUCAAGAAUGACGUGAAUGUGAAAGUUGGAAAAUUCCAUAAUACUGCCAUUAGUCCACCACCUUCAAAAAGGUCGAUAGUCCUUUGAACUGAACAUAUUCCCAGACAAUCAUCACGUUUGGACGUUGUCUUCAGUAGCUAAUUUUAAGUAAUGUUUCUUCACAUACAUGGUAAUAAUGCAAACAAGAUUCUUAAUGUUGUAGACACGCAAACAUUCAGAAUCAACUGAAUCCAUUCCUGGUUGCAUCCAUAGACUGUAUAUAAACAGUUGUCACGAGGGGGGGGGGAUUAGCCAUUGGGACCAAAACCGUGUUUUGUACCAGGCUGUUAACAUGUUUAAUUCUACUGUAAAGUUGGGCAUUUUAACAUGGGGCUCUAUGGGGAUUUGCUCUGUUUUGGAGACGGCCUCAAGUGGACAUCUAGUGAACUGCAGUUUAUAGCAGAGGCUUCAUUUCUCAGCGUCGGCCCCUUGGCUGCAUCCCACAAAACAUUAAUGGAACUGUAGUUCCAAAACAUGACUAUCCUUCAAGUAGAAUAAUGAAAAAGAAUAAUAUGGGGGGGGGGGGUAGAUGAUUUUUGUUUUACACAUAAAUUCAACAAUGUUGUUAAAAAACAUUUGUCCUGUGGAUGAACGUUGACGAACAUAAAAGCAAAACCUCCAUAAAUCUGUACUGGGUCAUGAACAGAGCAGCCGCUGUCAAAGUUAGUGAGUAAAUAAUAUUGAUGAUAAAGUACAUGACGUGAGUGAAAACCACAGGGAAAAAAGGCCUCGGUUUCAAAGAUGGAUGAUUAAAUGAUCACAUGCCUUUGUUGGAUUCAGAUUAGAUGAAAGGUCAUCGUUUAUUCCUCACCUGAUUGUAGAGCGAACACCAGUGGAGCGAUGAUUGUCAUGAUGCAGGAUGAUUAGACUUUUCAUCAGAGGAUGAAGGUUCAGAUUAAUCGUUCUGCCACGGCCGCUUCACCGUGAACCAAUCACAAUCAGCGUUUCAAAUCAAAGCCCACAGGACGCACCUUUUCUU